GGAAGUGGAAGGUUCUUCAGUUUUGCACCAACCAAUGCAAAUCUUCCGCUGACGUCUGUUCUCAACGGGACGGAGGGAUGGGUUGGUGUUUGUUGUCGACUGUAGAAUGAGUAAAUAUGAGCUAAUCCAGAAGUCAAAGGAGCUGCUGCUGAUGAUCCGAGCUUGUCCAUUUGCAUCUGCAGCCCCUCAAAUCUACUUUCCCCCCAGAUCCUCCCGUUCUGCUAUCAAUCCCCCACCCGGUGACUCUCACCGCUCCUUCGUCACCAUGAACGAAGACAUUAGUCUCGACGCCAUUACUAAGCAGAAGAAAGCCCUGCGAUCAAAUUUGCGAAAGGAGCUCAAGGUCAUGAGCCCCGCACAGAGAUACCUAGAAGAUAUUGCAAUUCAGGAUAUUGUUUUGGAAGCUUCAUGGUUUAAGUCUAGCAAGAGUGUAUGUGCUUAUAUAAGCUGUGAUUCCUUGCGGGAAGUCAACACAUCAAAAAUUUUGUCGGCAAUAUUGUGCAAUACAGCUGAAGAGUGUCAGAAGCUGAAGGGGAAAAAGCUUUAUGUCCCCCGGAUUCAGAACAGAAAUAGCUGCAUGCGAAUGCUUAAUAUCUCAAGUACCUCUGAUCUAAUCCAAAACUCAAUGAACAUUUUGGAGCCAGCCCCAGUAGAUAGUGAUGGAAAUCAACGUGAAGAUGUUAUGCAGACUACUGACCCAGUGGAUUUGUUCCUUCUACCAGGAUUGGCCUUUGACAGAUCUGGAAGACGCCUGGGCCGUGGCGGAGGUUACUAUGAUCUGCUCCUGAGUAAAUACCAAGAGCUUGCUGCAGAGCGGAAAUGGAAACAACCUCUCCUUGUUGCACUGUCAUAUUCUUUACAGAUAAUGGAUGAGGGUGUCAUUGCUGUCACUCCUAAUGAUGUUCCUGUGGAUGCACUUGUUUCCCCGGCUGGUGUGAUUCCAAUUAGUCCCACAGCAUUUGAGAGGAUGUGACUGAAUAACUAAUGGUGCACCCUGCCAUCUCUUUUAUAUUAUUAAUCGCAUCAGAAUUUAGAAAGAUGGCAACAAGAAGUGAUACAUUUGAAUCCAAAGCAUAAAAUUUGGAGGUGGAACUAGAUUUCUACUUUAGCAGCAUUCAAAAGCAUCUUGAGGCUGCUGCAUCUGUGGAUCCCUGCUUUAAAAUCGAACCCUUAUAGACAAGGAUGAAUGAAAACCCACCAUGAUCAGAUCAUUGAAGCACACACAUGUAUCUAGCAGAUGCGGCUGAAUGAUGUUUUUUUUCUUCUAAAAUAGAAUUCUUAGAAAGCCCGAUUGCUGAUUGUUGAACAGAAUGAUAUCUCACUUCAAUAAUCUAUAUGCUUGUGUGACCA